AUGCCGGCCUAUUUCCAGAGGCCGGAAAAUGCCCUCAAGCGCGCCAACGAAUUUCUUGAAGUUGGCAAAAAGCAACCUGCUUUGGACGUUCUUUAUGAUGUUAUGAAAAGUAAGAAACAUAGAACAUGGCAAAAGAUACACGAGCCGAUUAUGUUGAAAUACUUGGAACUUUGUGUGGAUCUCCGCAAGAGCCAUUUGGCUAAAGAAGGCUUAUAUCAGUAUAAGAACAUUUGUCAACAGGUGAACAUCAAAUCUCUAGAGGAUGUUGUUAGGGCAUAUUUGAAAUUGGCAGAGGAGAAAACGGAAGCUGCUAAAGAAGAGUCCCAGCAGAUGGUCUUAGACAUAGAAGAUCUGGAUAAUAUUCAAACUCCUGAGAGUGUUCUCCUAAGUGCUGUAAGUGGUGAAGACACUCAGGAUCGUACUGACAGAUUACUUUUAACUCCAUGGGUUAAAUUCCUGUGGGAAUCAUACAGACAGUGUCUGGACCUUCUUCGAAACAAUUCUAGAGUAGAGCGUCUCUACCAUGAUAUUGCCCAACAAGCUUUCAAAUUCUGCCUUCAAUAUACCCGGAAGGCUGAAUUCCGUAAGUUGUGUGACAACUUGAGAAUGCACUUGUCUCAGAUUCAACGCCACCAUAACCAAAGUACAGCAAUCAACCUUAAUAAUCCAGAGAGCCAGUCUAUGCAUUUGGAAACCAGGCUUGUUCAGUUGGACAGUGCUAUCAGCAUGGAAUUGUGGCAGGAAGCAUUCAAAGCUGUGGAAGAUAUUCAUGGGCUAUUCUCCUUAUCUAAAAAACCGCCCAAGCCUCAGUUGAUGGCAAAUUACUAUAACAAAGUCUCAACUGUAUUUUGGAAAUCUGGAAAUGCUCUUUUUCAUGCGUCUACACUCCAUCGUCUUUACCAUUUAUCUAGAGAAAUGAGAAAGAAUCUUACACAAGAAGAGAUGCAAAGAAUGUCUACUAGAGUUCUUUUGGCCACUCUUUCCAUCCCUAUUACCCCUGAGCGUACUGAUAUUGCUCGACUUCUGGAUAUGGACGGCAUCAUAGUUGAGAAACAGCGUCGCCUUGCAACCCUGCUAGGCCUGCAAGCCCCACCAACGCGAAUUGGCCUUAUUAACGAUAUGGUCAGAUUCAAUGUGCUACAAUAUGUUGUCCCAGAAGUAAAAGACCUUUACAAUUGGCUGGAAGUCGAAUUUAACCCACUAAAACUCUGUGAGAGAGUCACAAAGGUUCUCAAUUGGGUUAGGGAACAGCCUGAAAAGGAACCAGAGUUACAACAGUAUGUUCCACAGCUGCAGAACAAUACCAUACUCCGGCUUCUCCAGCAGGUGGCACAAAUUUAUCAGAGCAUUGAGUUUUCUCGUUUGACUUCUCUGGUUCCUUUUGUUGAUGCUUUCCAACUGGAACGGGCCAUAGUAGAUGCAGCCAGGCAUUGCGACCUGCAGGUUCGUAUUGACCACACUUCUCGGACCCUUAGUUUUGGAUCUGACUUGAAUUAUGCUACUAGAGAAGAUGCUCCAAUUGGUCCUCAUCUGCAAAGCAUGCCUUCAGAACAGAUAAGAAACCAGCUGACCGCCAUGUCCUCAGUCCUUGCGAAAGCACUCGAAGUCAUUAAGCCAGCUCACAUUCUGCAAGAGAAAGAAGAACAGCAUCAGUUGGCUGUUACUGCGUAUCUUAAAAAUUCACGGAAAGAGCAUCAGCGUAUCCUGGCUCGCCGUCAGACAAUUGAGGAAAGAAAAGAGCGGCUUGAGAGUCUGAAUAUUCAGCGUGAGAAAGAAGAACUGGAGCAGAGGGAAGCUGAACUCCAGAAAGUGCGGAAGGCUGAGGAAGAGAGGCUGAGACAGGAGGCAAAGGAGAGAGAGAAGGAGCGGAUCUUACAGGAACAUGAACAGAUCAAGAAGAAAACUGUUCGUGAGCGUUUGGAGCAAAUCAAGAAGACGGAACUGGGUGCCAAAGCAUUCAAAGAUAUUGACAUUGAAGACCUUGAAGAAUUGGAUCCUGAUUUCAUCAUGGCUAAACAGGUUGAACAGCUGGAGAAGGAAAAGAAGGAACUUCAGGAACGCCUAAAGAAUCAAGAAAAGAAGAUUGACUACUUUGAAAGAGCUAAGCGUUUGGAAGAAAUCCCCUUGAUAAAGAGUGCCUAUGAAGAACAGAGAAUUAAAGACAUGGAUCUGUGGGAACAACAAGAAGAAGAAAGAAUUACUACGAUGCAGCUAGAACGGGAAAAGGCCCUAGAACAUAAGAAUAGGAUGUCACGAAUGCUUGAAGACAGAGAUUUGUUUGUAAUGCGGCUCAAGGCAGCACGACAGUCUGUUUAUGAGGAAAAACUUAAACAGUUUGAAGAGCGAUUAGCAGAAGAACGGCAUAAUCGCUUGGAAGAACGUAAAAGGCAGCGUAAAGAAGAACGAAGGAUAACCUACUAUAGAGAAAAAGAAGAGGAAGAGCAGAGGAGGGCAGAAGAAAAGAUGCUAAAAGAGCGAGAAGAGCGGGAGCGGGCUGAGCGCGCGAAGCGUGAGGAGGAGCUUCGGGAAUAUCAGGAGCGGGUCAAGAAGUUAGAAGAAGUUGAAAGAAAAAAACGUCAGAGGGAGUUGGAAAUUGAAGAAAGGGAGCGUCGUAGAGAGGAGGAGAGGAGACUUGGUGAUGACUCACUUUCGAGAAAGGACUCUCGUUGGGGAGAUAGAGAUACAGAAGGCACUUGGAGAAAAGGACCCGAAACAGAUUCUGAGUGGAGAAGAGGCCCUCCAGAGAAGGAGUGGAGACGUGGAGAAGGGCGGGACGAAGAGAGACCUCACAGAAGAGAUGAAGACCGACCAAGGCGUCUGGGGGAUGAUGAAGAGAGAGAGUCCUCUCUUAGACCAGACGAUGAUCGGAUUCCCCGACGUGGCAUGGAUGAUGACAGAGGCCCACGACGUGGUCCUGAUGAAGAUCGAUUCUCUCGCAGGGGGGCGGAUGAUGACCGGCCUUCGUGGCGUGGUGCAGAUGAUGACAGGCCCCCCAGACGAAUUGGCGAUGAAGACAGGGGUAGCUGGCGUCAUGCGGAUGAUGACAGACCACCUAGACGAGGACUGGAUGAGGACAGAGGAAGCUGGCGCACGGCCGAUGAGGACAGAGGACCCAGGCGCGGGCUGGAUGAGGACCGGGGGCCACGCCGAGGAGGUGCGGACGAUGAGCGUUCGUCCUGGCGAAAUGCUGACGACGAUCGUCCCAGGCGGGGCAUGGAUGAUGACCGGGGUCCCAGGAGGGGAUUGGAUGAUGAUCGAGGACCUUGGCGGAAUACUGACGAUGAUAGAUUUUCCAGGCGAGGUGCAGAUGACGACAGAUUUUCCAGGCGCGGUGCAGAUGAUGACAGGGGGCCUUGGAGAAACAUGGAUGACGAUCGGCUCUCAAGGCGGGCCGAUGACGAUCGGAUUCCCAGAAGGGGUGAUGAUUCACGACCUGGCCCCUGGAGACCAUUUGUCAAACCAGGUGGAUGGAGAGAGAAAGAAAAAGCCAGAGAAGAGAGUUGGGGUCCACCUCGUGACUCGAGACCAUCAGAAGACCGUGAAUGGGAGAGGGAAAAAGAGAGAGACCGAGAUAAUCAAGAUAGAGAUGAGAACGACAGGGACCCGGAGAGAGAAAGAGACAGAGAGAGAGAGAGAGACCGAGAGAGAGAGAGAGACCGAGACCGAGAUGGUGAUCGGGAGGACCGCUUCAGACGGCCAAGGGAUGAAGGUGGCUGGAGAAGAGGACCAGCUGAGGAGUCUUCAAGCUGGAGAGAUGCAGGUCGUCGUGACGAUAGGGACCGCGAUGACCGGCGUCGUGAGAGAGAUGAUCGUCGUGAUCUAAGGGACAGACGAGACGACAGGGACCGAAGAGGACCGCCUCUCAGAUCAGAGCGCGAGGAAGUAAGUUCUUGGAGACGUGCUGAUGACAGGAAAGAUGACCGGGCAGAAGAGAGGGAUACCCCUCGUCGUGUUCCUCCUGCAGCUCUUUCGAGAGAUCGAGACCGAGAUAGGGAAGGUGAGAAAGAGAAGACCUCCUGGAGAGCUGAGAAAGAUAGGGAAUCUCUUCGUCGUACUAAAAAUGAGACUGAUGAAGAUGGAUGGACCACAGUACGACGCUAA